GUAUCGUACUCAGAUUCAUAACGACAUCGUUUUUGUGACAUUUUCAGCCCAGUUUCCGGAGCCAGACACAACCACGUGUCUCACGCGGCGGUCCUGAGCUGAAGUGGGCCAAAAGUCACGUCACUGUCGUCAGUCCUCCCCCUUAUGCCGUUCCGUUCCCUGAACGGCAAAACACAGUGAGGAUACAGAGAGAGAGAGAGAGAGAGAGAGAGAGACAAUGAUCAGACUACAGUGAGCUCUCACUACCAAGCUCCAUUUUCUGGUAGUGUUUUACAGUAAUGGCCGAAAUUGGGAAAACAAAGCUCGACUCUGGAUGGCUCGCCGCUAGAUCCACCGAGGUCAACCUCACCGGCGUUCAGCUCACCACCACCCACCCUCCCGCCGGCCCCACCUCGCCGUGGAUGGAGGCUGUGGUCCCCGGAACUGUUUUGGCAACCCUUUUGAAGAAUAAACUCGUGCCAGAUCCUUUCUAUGGAUUGCAGAACGAGUCAAUUAUUGAUAUUGCUGAUUCAGGGAGGGAUUAUUACACUUUCUGGUUUUUCACAACUUUUCAGUGUAAGCUGUCAGGAAAUCAGCGCCUGGAUCUAAAUUUUCGUGCAAUUAACUACUCUGGGGAAGUGUAUUUGAACGGGCACAAGAAGAUCCUGCCGAAGGGGAUGUUUCGAAGACAUUCUUUUGAUGUUACUGAUAUUUUGAAUCCUGAAGGUCAAAACUUGCUAGCUGUUCUUGUGUUUCCUCCUGAUAAUCCUGGGAGAAUUCCUCCUGAAGGGGGUCAAGGUGGCGAUCACGAGAUUGGGAAGGAUGUUGCUGCACAAUAUGUUGAAGGUUGGGACUGGAUGGCUCCAAUAAGGGAUAGAAAUACUGGGAUCUGGGAUGAGGUAUCAGUUUCUGUUACUGGGCCAGUCAAAUUAACAGAUCCCCACGUAGUUUCAUCAUUCUUUGACAAUUACAAGAGGGUAUAUCUACAUGCUACAACUGAGUUGGAAAAUAGAAGUAAUUGGGUUGCAGAGUGUUCUUUGAAUAUCCAAGUGACAACUGAGCUUGAAGGAAGCAUUUUAUUAGUGGAGCAUCUUCAGACUCAACACUUAUCUCUUUCACCUGGAGCACGUGUUGAAUAUACAUUCCCUGAGCUUUAUUUCUACAAGCCCAAUUUAUGGUGGCCAAAUGGCAUGGGAAAGCAGUCCCUCUACAAUAUUGGUAUUACUGUUGAUGUUAAGGGAUAUGGAGAGUCUGAUUCGUGGAAACAUCUAUUUGGAUUUCGCAAGAUUGACUCUCAUAUUGAUACUGCUACUGGUGGAAGGUUGUUUAAGGUUAAUGGACAGCCUGUUUUCAUUCGAGGUGGUAAUUGGAUAUUGUCAGAUGGUUUACUUCGGCUGUCAAAAAAACGUUAUGAAACAGACAUCAAGUUUCAUGCAGAUAUGAACUUUAACAUGCUCCGCUGUUGGGGUGGGGGGUUGGCUGAGAGGCCAGAAUUUUAUCAUUACUGCGACAUUUAUGGUUUAAUGGUGUGGCAAGAGUUUUGGAUAACUGGAGACUGUGAUGGACGAGGUCAGCCAGUGUCAAAUCCCGAUGGCCCACUGGAUCAUGAACUCUUCUUGCUAUGUGCAAGGGACACAGUCAAGCUGCUGAGGAAUCAUCCUAGUCUUGCUCUUUGGGUGGGGGGAAAUGAACAAAUUCCACCUGAGGACAUUAACAAGGUCUUAAAAGAUGACCUCAAACUCCAUCCGUAUUAUGAAAAGACCAAUGAAAGUCACAAGCAUACUGAGGGUUUAUCUUCAGUUAAGGAUCCUAGUCAAUAUCUUGAUGGUACGCGAAUUUACGUCCAGGGAUCCAUGUGGGAUGGCUUUGCAAAUGGGAAGGGGGAUUUCACUGAUGGCCCUUAUGAAAUUCAGAAUCCUGAAAACUUCUUUAAGAAUGAUUUUUACAAUUAUGGAUUCAAUCCUGAGGUUGGCUCUGUUGGAAUGCCCGUAGCAGCUACCAUUAGGUCAACAAUGCCUGCAGAAGGGUGGCAGAUUCCAUUGUUUAGGAGGCUAGCUGAUGAUUACAUAGAAGAAGUUGCAAAUCCCAUAUGGCAAUACCAUAAAUAUAUCCCUUAUUCAAAACCCAAUUUAGUUCAUGAUCAAAUUGUAUCAUACGGGACACCCUCGGAUCUUGAUGAUUUUUGUUUGAAGGCUCAACUUGUCAACUAUACUCAGUACAGAGCCCUUUUAGAGGGCUGGACUUCCCGUAUGUGGAGUAAAUACACGGGAGUUUUAAUAUGGAAGAGUCAGAAUCCUUGGACAGGUCUUAGAGGUCAGUUCUAUGAUCAUCUCCAUGAUCAAACGGCGGGUUUCUAUGGUUGCCGUUGUGCUGCAGAACCAAUUCAUGUGCAACUGAACCUGGCAUCGUAUUUUAUAGAGGUAGUUAACACUACCCCAGGGGAGCUGACUAAUGUAGCUAUAGAGGCCUCAGUGUGGGAUCUGGAUGGAAGGUGUCCAUACUAUAAAGUGUCUGAGAAGCUAUCUGUGCCACCUAAAAAGACCAUACCCGUUGUUGAGAUGAAGUAUCCAAAGUCAAAAAACCCAAAGUCAGUUUACUUUCUCCUCCUCAAGCUCUACAACAUGUCAGAUUAUGGAAUUUUAUCUAGGAACUUUUACUGGUUGCAUUUGUCUGGUGGAGAUUACAAACUGUUGGAGCCGUACAGGAAGAAGAAAAUACCCCUUAAGAUAACAUCUAAGGUUUUCAUUAAGGGAUCCACUUAUGAAGUCCAGAUGCAUGUGCAGAACACAUCAGCGAAGCCAGAUACUAGAAGUCUACUGUACAAGAAUAAUUUUAUGCAAUCGCAUGAUGAUAGUGAUUUUGACAUGGGUUCAGUGAAAUCCUUGUAUUGUGAGAGAGGGGUAAAGAAUAAAGUUGGUGUAUUUCAGAGUAUUUACAAACGUUUCUCAAAGGAAACCGAAGGCUUGAGCGUUGUUGAAUUGAAUGGAGGUAAUGUAGGAGUUGCUUUCUUCCUUCAUUUCUCUGUUCAUGCUUCGAAGGACCACAAGGAAGGAGAAGACACCAGAAUACUUCCCGUCCAUUAUUCUGAUAACUAUUUCUCCCUGGUACCUGGUGAGGUGAUGCCCAUCAAAGUCUCUUUUGAGGUUCCUCCUGGUGUAACCCCCCGAGUUACUCUUCAUGGCUGGAAUUACCAUGGUGGGCAUACCAUUCAUUGAGCUGGGUAAGAGUGCAUCUUUCACAGUUGUUGCCUACAGUGCUGUGGAAUCAUCAGCUGUGUAAAUGUAUCUUUGAGAUUAGCUCAUCCACAACCCUAAUUGGGAAGAAGGUUCCAAGAUUUACAUGCAUGGCGGUGUUUCUGCUCCUGAAACAUUUGCCAUGAUCGGCGCUUUUGUUGUGUUUUUGUUUGAGUUGUUGUUUUGGUGGGAAGGGGAGGGGAGGUAUGUAACAACAUAUGUGUGCACUUGGAAAUGUUAAUACCAACCAGUGCCGAGUUCUAAAGAUAUCUCAAUAAAUCGGAAAUGUUCUGUGCCCUAGCGUGUGAUGUGUGUUGCUUGUGACAAGUCACAUGGUCACUCAGUUUGUUUAAGGUUCUCUGACUUGGAGCUUAUGAAAUGAGUUUUUCCAUA